CGCGGCGCCCGCCACUCGGCCCGCGGCGCGGGGCAGCGCUCAGCUUGGUGGCGGGGGCGGCGGCGGCGGCCCGCGGGUCAUGAUCUCCGCCGUGUCCAGCCCGUGGCUCACGCAGCUCUCGCACUUCUGCGACGUUGCAGCCUUCACGGCCAGCAGCCUGAGCAGCCUGGGGGCCGCGGGGGGCUUCCCGGGCGCCGCGUCGCCCGGCGCCGACCCGUACGGCCCGCGCGAGCCCCCGCCGCCGCCGCCGCGCUACGACCCGUGCGCCGCCGCCGCCCCCGGCGCCCCGGGCCCGCCGCCGCCGCCGCACGCCUACCCGUUUGCGCCGGCCGCCGGGGCCGCCACCAGCGCCGCCGCCGAGCCCGAGGGCCCCGGGGCCAGCUGCGCGGCCGCAGCCAAGGCGCCGGUGAAGAAGAACGCGAAGGUGGCCGGUGUGAGCGUGCAGCUAGAGAUGAAGGCGCUGUGGGACGAGUUCAACCAGCUGGGCACCGAGAUGAUCGUCACCAAGGCCGGCAGGCGGAUGUUCCCCACCUUCCAAGUGAAGCUCUUCGGCAUGGAUCCCAUGGCCGACUAUAUGCUGCUCAUGGACUUCGUGCCGGUGGACGAUAAGCGCUACCGGUACGCCUUCCACAGCUCCUCCUGGCUGGUGGCGGGGAAGGCCGACCCUGCCACGCCAGGCCGCGUGCACUACCACCCGGACUCGCCUGCCAAGGGCGCGCAGUGGAUGAAGCAAAUCGUGUCCUUCGACAAGCUCAAGCUGACCAACAACCUACUGGACGACAACGGCCACAUUAUUCUGAAUUCCAUGCACAGAUACCAGCCCCGCUUCCACGUGGUCUAUGUGGACCCACGCAAAGAUAGCGAGAAAUAUGCCGAGGAGAACUUCAAAACCUUUGUGUUCGAGGAGACACGAUUCACCGCGGUCACUGCCUACCAGAACCAUCGGAUCACGCAGCUCAAGAUUGCCAGCAAUCCCUUCGCGAAAGGCUUCCGGGACUGUGACCCUGAGGACUGGCCCCGGAACCACCGGCCCGGCGCGCUGCCGCUCAUGAGCGCCUUCGCGCGCUCGCGGAACCCCGUGGCUUCCCCGACGCAGCCCAGCGGCACGGAGAAAGACGCGGCUGAGGCCCGGCGAGAAUUCCAGCGCGACGCGGGCGGGCCAGCAGUGCUCGGGGACCCGGCGCAUCCUCCGCAGCUGCUGGCCCGGGUGCUAAGCCCCUCGCUGCCCGGGGCCGGCGGCUUAGUCCCGCUGCCCGGCGCGCCCGGAGGCCGGCCCAGUCCCCCGCACCCCGAGCUGCGCCUGGAGGCGCCCGGCGCAUCGGAGCCGCUGCACCACCACCCCUACAAAUAUCCGGCCGCCGCCUACGACCACUAUCUCGGGGCCAAGAGCCGGCCGGCGCCCUACCCGCUGCCCGGCCUGCGUGGCCACGGCUACCACCCGCACGCGCAUCCGCACCACCACCACCACCCCGUGAGUCCAGCCGCCGCGGCCGCCGCCGCCGCUGCCGCAGCCGCCGCGGCCGCCAACAUGUACUCGUCGGCCGGAGCCGCGCCGCCCGGCUCCUACGACUAUUGCCCCAGAUAACGCGGGCCCUGUCGCGCUCCCGCCCCGGCCCUGCACAGCCCCGAAGUUCGCCGGGCCCGGCCACCCUGCCCCAAGGGCCAGCAAGGAAUACGUUCCCCCAGCCCCAGGGGCCACCGCGGCUCUCCCCUUCCCCAGCCUCGAAGCCAUGGGGGCCCCCUCGCCACCCCCCAGCCCCUUGGGCUAUCGAAGUAUCCGGUUCCCCAGUCCCUGGAGCCACCGCGGGUCCUUCCCCGGCCCCGAGGGCCAAGGGGGUCCCCGCCCGCCAGUGCCAAAGCGCCCGGUCGGAGGCGGAAGGAAGUGAUAUUUAUUGUUCUCCCCGAGACCGCGUCGCCCGCGGCCCGGCCGGCAGUUGCAGUGUAGACAACCCGAGAGCCCCGCCUGCAGGCGGUGUAGAUACGUGUAGAUACUGUAGAUACUGUAGAUACCGCGCCGGCGCCGACUUGAUAAACGGUUUCGCCUCUUUUGGAA